AUGAGUACACCAGGCGAAAUGAAGGAUUCGUCUCAGGUAACCAAGUCAGAGCCAGUGUCGGACAACACUGAGUCUGUACAACCAAAUCCUGAAGAACCUGCAAAAGCCUAUGAAAAUAACGCAACGAACAGCCAGCAGUUCUUUCAACCGCACGCAGGCACGCCGCGCCCCGUAAACGCACAGCAACAAGUUAACACACCCAUGGUUCAUAACCAGCAGCAGCAGCAGUUGAUGCAGAACCAACAGUCACAAGGAGCACAGCAAGGUCCACAGGCAAUGGGUCAGAUGAACCAGAACCCAAUGAUGAUGAGAAUGGGAAACGGAAUGAUGCCGCAAAACAUGUACUUCUAUCAGAUGCAAAUGUUCCAACAGGGACAAAAGGGAAUGCCAAUGAAUAUGCAACCAGGAAUGUCGAGAUUCAUGCCCCAGUAUAACGCAUACCUGAACAGAGUACAAUCGGGACCGAUGCAGCAGCAGCAAUCACAACAGAUGCUGCAGCAACAAAUGAUGCAUCAGCAGAUGAUGCACCAACAGCAAGUGGCCUCAGAAGGAAAGAAGGAAGAAGGCGAUGGAGAAAAUAAGGCGCAGCAAGGACAAAGUGGUACAGGAGCAGUGCAGCCGAACAUGAUACAGAACGCAAUGCACCCAGGAGGAAUGCCAAUGCCAAAUAUGCCAAUGAUGAAUAACAUGGGAACAAUGGGAAGUAUGUAUUACGGACCAAGGCUCCUGGUCAACAACGCAAUCGAUAGCAUACCGUCGCUGAGGCUCGCAAACAGCCAGUUCCAGAACGUAACACAAGUGCUGGACGCACUGGCGACGCACACGAAGAGGAAGAGACAACCAAGGUCAGGAAGAGACCAGAAGGAAGACUCGGACUUCAAGAAUGUGCUGCAAGACUACUUCAGCGCAUCGGACAACUCUGACGAUGAGUUCCUAGUGUCAAGGUCACUUAGAGUGAACGACGGGACGAACAGCAUUAGAAGAAGUAACAGAACGCGCACGAAGACGAUCAAGUACGACGAGUACAAUGACACGGAGUCUGACACGCAGGAAGAUUAUCUGCCAACAACAACGACAGUGACAACGACAAACGUUGUGAAGAGUAACCGCGGAAGGAAGAAGGGUGUGACGUACAAAAGACAAGCAACAUCAAAGCAGAUAAACCCAUACGCAAGACAUAACUUUGUGCAAUUUGACGAGUCGAGCGAUGAAGGACAGGAGUUCGGACUGCAGGACCAGGAAGGAAGCAACGCAGAAGCGAGCGGCCUGUCUCUGAGAAACAGAAAACAGCGCGUCAACUACGCAGAGUUGGAGUACUCAGACGACGAGGAACAGGUGGAAUACAGGGAAGACGACGGGUCAGCAAACCAGGGAGGAAUCGACAGAAUUGUGACGCACCGUGUAAACGACAAGGGAGAGUGGGAGUUCCUGAUCAAGUGGCAAGGAUUCGCACACAUCCACAACACAUGGGACACGUACGAAAACCUGAAGGAGUUCAACGGGAUUAGAAGGUUGGACAACUACAUAAAGAGAUUUAAGAACCUGGAGGAAAGACAAAAGUACAUGACGUUGGACGAGAUUGAGCAGGAGAACAUAGCUCUAGGCUUACAGAAGCAAAUCGACGAGGACGCACUGAUAGCAGAAAGAAUAGUGACACACUACAAGGACGAGAACGGACAGAUGGUGUACCUAGUGAAGUGGAGAAGUUGCCCCUACGACCAGUGCACGGAGGAAGACGAGGAGACGCUGAUCGAGCAUGGAUUCCUGGACCUGAUUCACAGCUACAAAAUACGUGAGGAUAGAAUCAUGGGCGAGGCAGGGCGCAGAAUCCCAUGGAACACACACAGCAUAUCGCUCACGAAGUUCGAGCCUUACUACGAAACGCCAAAGUACUUGUGUAACCCGACCUACCUGGAGGAACUGGGAUACACAUCACGUCUAUACUUCUCAAUCAUGGCAGAAAACGCAAAGAGGGAGGAGGAAGCAAGGUCAGGAAAGUUCGAGGAGUCGUCAAGGUCGGAUAUGAAGGAAGCGAAGGUGGAAGGACUGAAGCAAGAACAGGGAAAGUCAGACUCAGAAUCGGCAGGGGACGAGAGCACGAAGGCAGAUGACAGGGAGUCGCCACUAAAAGGAGAAGACGCCGACUUUACAAGAGAUGAGUCGGCAAUGAGAGAAAACGGAAACGAGUCUGAAAACCUGGUGAAGGCCAAUAUGGACCAUGCUUACACGUCUGAGAACGAUGUAAAGGCCGAUAAGCAACAAGAUAUCUCGGCUGCGAACAUGGUCAAGUCGAACGAUCAUCAAGUGAAGGUGUCACCACCAGUUAAGAAGUACUACACGCGCGAGAGUGCAUUGUUAGGGAACAACUUUAAGAUGGGCUUUGAGAAGAGGAAACUCAGAGACUAUCAGCUGACAGGGCUUAACUGGAUGGUAAACCGCAUGAAGAGAGGGCUCUCAGUGCUGUUGGCGGACGAAAUGGGUCUUGGAAAGACGGUGCAAACGAUAUCUCUGGUGGGUCAUUUCAUGUACAAGGAGUUCCUGGUGGGGCCGUACCUGAUCAUAGUGCCGCAGAGCACAAUAGACAACUGGAUGCGCGAGUUCGAAAACUGGCUGCCGCAAGCAAACGCAGUCUGCUACUACGGGAACGCACAAGCAAGAGAGAUGAUAAGGCAGCGCGAGUUGUGUAAAAUAGGAAUACCAGGCAAGGGAGAAAGGUACAAGUGCGACAUAUGCAUCACGACGCCGAGCAUCAUUAACUCGCCAGUGGAUCUGGAGUUCCUGAGGAAGAUCAGCUGGCAGUUGAUGGUGGUGGAUGAAGCGCAUCAGCUUAAGAAUAAGCACAGCAAGAGGUUCAUUGAGUUGAUGCACUUCAUGGCAGACUAUAAGCUGCUGCUGAGUGGAACGCCGCUGCACAAUAACCUGGAGGAGCUGUGGACGCUACUGCACUUCAUUAACCCGCAGAUUUACACGUACUACGAGGACUUCAGAAGACGAUACUCGGAGAUAGAAAACCCAGCAGCAAUCGGAGAGAAUAAGCAGAAGCAGCUGUUGUCGCUGCAGCACGAGUUGCACGAGUUCGUGCUGCGUCGUGUGAAGAAGGACGUUGAAAAGUCGCUGCCGAACAAGGUGGAGAGGAUACUGAGAGUGGAGCUGUCGCCGAUGCAGAUAGAGUGGUACAAGAAUAUUCUGGCGAGGAACUACGAGGAGCUCGCGAGGAACUCCGGAGGAUCGAGGAGUUCGCUGCAGAACAUAUGCAUGGAGCUGAAGAAGGUGUGCAACCACCCGUUCCUCUGCUAUGAGCCUGAGGACAGGCAGGUGUGGCUGCAGGGCCUGAUUUACGGAAGUGGGAAGAUAUGUCUGCUGGACAAGCUGCUGCAGCGGCUGAAGGAGAAGGGGCACCGCGUGCUUAUCUUCUCGCAAAUGGUGCGCAUGUUAAACAUCAUCUCGGAGUACCUGACGCUGAGAGGGUUCAAGCACCAGAGGCUGGACGGAACGAUGGGCAAGGAGGUGAGGAAGAAAGCAAUGGACCACUUCAACGACCCGAACAGCGACGACUUCUGCUUCCUGCUCUCGACGAAGGCAGGAGGGCUGGGCAUAAACCUGACGUCGGCAGACACUGUGAUCAUAUACGACUCGGAUUGGAACCCGCAAAAUGACCUGCAGGCGGAGGCGAGAGCGCACCGCAUAGGACAGACGAAGACAGUACAAAUAUACAGGCUCGUGACGAAAGACUCGAUAGAACAGACGAUACUGGAGAGAGCGAAGACGAAGAUGGUGCUCGACGCACUGGUGGUGCAGGGCCUGAACAAGAGAGGAGACGCAGUGGUAUUCAACGACGACUCGAAGUCGGGAUUCUCUCGCGAGGAGCUGGCGAAGAUCCUCAAGUUCGGAGCGUCGAAGCUGUGGGCGACGGCAAACCCGCAGACGAGCAUGCAGGCGUCCUCAGACGAGAAGCUGGACAUUGACCUGGACAAGGUGCUCCAGGAGGCUGAGCUGACGAAGGAAAACGACAGUGACCUGGCAGCAGACCUGCUGUCCUCGUACACGAACAUCACGGAGUUCCGUUACGAGCCGCCAGAAGGGCAGCUCGAGUCCUCUGGAGAAAACGACAAGGACUUCUGGGAGGCAACGAUACCGCUGGAAGAAAGAGUUAAGCUGAAGAAGAAGAAGCAGGAGGAGCUGCUGGUAAACGGGCCUAGAAGAACGAGAGCUAAGGAAACAGGAGCUCUGGAAACUGACGAUUACUCAGAUGAUGAAGCCGACGCGGACUUCCAGCCGAGAAAGACGACGAAGGAGCUAAUGCAGGCACAGGAAGGCACGAAGGGAAAGAGAGGGCAGAGAAGGUCAAGAAAGGUAGUGCUGACGGUGAAGGACAAGAUGAAGAUACACCGCAGCCUGAGCAAGUACGGAGUGCCGGAGCUGAGGCUGAAGGACAUUCACGCCGACUGCAAGCUGACGAAGGUGGAUCCUCGGGUGAUUCUGAACGAGUGCCAGAACAUGAUUGACCUGUGCAAGUCGAAGCUGAAGUCGACAGCGGACGACGAGGACAAGAGAGCGCGAAGGAGUCAGAUGGUGGUGGAGAUUGGUGAGAUCAAGGUUAACGCGCAGGACUUCCUGGACAAGAUGAAGCUGCUGGAAAGCCUGGAGCAGUUCGGAAGGGCGCUGGCAGGCAACACGUGGAACACGACGCCGAGCGAGGAGUUCGCAGUGCCGCAGCAAGUGCUCGACCAGAUGAACGAAGGAAAGGAAAAGUGGGCGUCCGAGGACAUCAUGAACCUGCUGAAGCUGGUCAACAAGUACGGCUUCGGAUACUGGACGCAAAUGUGCGCAGACAAGGCGCUCUGCGUGGGUAUCAUGAAGGACAUAAAGCACGACCGCCUUAAGUCGCGCGCAGUGAAGCUGCUCAAGAUAGUUAACACGUACGUGGACCCGGCCUCGAUAGUGCUCCUGGCAGACGAGAGAAGACUGUCGACGCUGAGAGACCCGAGCCACGCGCGGAGGCCGGAGGGGUCGCCGAAGGAAUUCACGCCCACCACGACGACGGGAAACAGCUACAAGGACGCGAGGGAGGACGAGUUCAGCGACAUCUACGCGCUCGACAACUCGGAGGCGGGCAAGGCCUCGGACGAGGACAUAGCGAACCUGCUGAGCACGGGCAAACUCGCGACGCGCGACCACUACGCGAACGCAGUGAAGCACGUGCUCAAGCCGUGCAGGGAGGUGCUGCGGACAGUGAAACGCCUGCGCAACGCGGAGCUCGACUUCCAGGAGAACCUCAAGAACGCAGAGUUCUCGGCGCGCGCCAAGGAGACUGCGCAGAUCGUGCGCGCAUCGCUCGAGCAGAGUCUCCGGACGUGCCCGGACGAGGGCAUGGCCACGAAGGUGCGUCUGGCCUGCUGGAAGUUCGUCUCCAAGAUUAUUCAGUCGGACCAGUUUCCGCUGGAGACGUACACGUAG